GGCCCGCCCGGGGGUCCCGGUGCCGCCCCCACAAGGGUUAAUGGCGCUCGGCGAAAGUUGCCGGGCGGUGGCGCGGCGCGGAUUGGCCCGAAGUUGCCGGGGCUGGGCCGGGCUCCGCCGUGCCGGGCCUCCUCCGCCCCCCGCCCGGCCCCGGCCCCGCCGCCCCCCGCCGCCGGCGGAGCCAUGCGCCCCGCGCCGCUGCUCGGGCUCCUGCUCUGGGCGCCGCUGCUCUGGGCGCCGCCGGUGCGCAGCCCCCGCCACAGCGUCCACUGGAACGGCAGCAACCCCAGGUUCCUACGGGACGACUACAGCAUCCAGGUGGCCAUCAAUGACUACCUGGACAUCUACUGCCCGCACUACGAGGGGUCCGUGCCUGCCGGGCGGGCAGAGACCUUCACCCUCUUCAUGGUGGACUGGGAGGGGUACCGCGGCUGCUACGAGACCCCCGGCGCCUUCAAGCGCUGGGAGUGCAACAAGCCCCAGGCACCCUUUGGGCCCGUCCGCUUCUCUGAGAAGAUCCAGCGCUUCGCCCCCUUCCCGCUCGGCUUUGAGUUCCAGCCGGGGGAGACGUACUACUACAUCUCCGUGCCCAGCCCCGAGAGCGCCGGGCGCUGCCUGAAGCUGCGCGUCUCCGUCUGCUGCAGAGGCACCACGCCGGAGCCGGUGACAGAGGUUCCCAAUUCGCAGCCCCGCGGGCGCGGGGGCCCGGAGGACGCGGAGCCCGGCCACAGCAUCGCAGCCCCGCUGCAGCCCCGCGCCCUGUGCCUGGCGCUGCCGUUCCUGGCCCUGCUCUGGAUCUGACCCAUGGCAGGGACGCGGGUCCUGUGCCCCACCGCCCGCUGCCAGACUCCUCCUCCAUCGCCUCCCUUCUCCACCCAAGCCCGCCGGACUUC